GUUUGGGCUCUGGACCGACAGGAAGUGACGUCGAUUACAUGCGCCAUUCAGCUGAUUGGUGGAGCGACGCCGGUCAUUUCCGGAGCGGCCUCGGGAAUUCGGCUUCACCCCCGGCCCGGCACCGGGGCCUCGGCCACUCGGCUUCACCCCCUGGCCCGGGGGCGGAUGGGCAUCAUGUCGGACCCUAUUGCAGCUAAUAAUGGAGAUCAGGGCACUGAUGUGAAAACAGAGACCAAUUCUCUUUCUUCAGGAGUUGCCGACCAUGUAAAGGAACUCGCAAACGAUGCCUAUGAGGCUUACACAUCAGGACAGUUUGACACUUGUCUGCAGUAUCUGGGUCACCUGCAAGAGCUAAACAAAGAUGAUUACAAAAUCUCUCUGAAUAAAGCAGUGGUGGAGUUUUACAAAAAUGGACAGACUUUGACAGAUACCUUGAGACAGACUCUCAAUCUGCUGAAAAAUCAGGUCCAUUCCACAGUGGAAGAAAUGGAUGGACUGGAUGAUGUUGAGAACAGCAUGCUUUAUUACAACCAAGCAAUCAUUCUUUACCAUCUCCGCCAGUAUACUGAAGCUAUAUCAAUUGGAGAAAAACUGUACCAAUUCAUAGAGCCUUUUGCAGAAGAGAAAUUUGCCCAGGCUUUGUGCUUCUUGCUUGUUGACCUUUAUCUGUUGACGUACCAGCCUGAGAAAGCUUUGCUGCUGCUCGCAGUUCUGGAGAAAAUGAUUUUGCAAGGAAACAAUAAAAAUGGCAAGUCCAGUGAGGUUUAUAAAGAUGCCACUAAUCAGAAGGUUGAUGCUGGAGUUAUGGUGGAAGCUACUAAGUCCAAAAUUCAUCAGUGUAAAGUGAGAGCUUAUGUCCAGAUGAAAUCUUUGAAGGCCUGUAAACGGGAAAUCAAGUCUGUAAUGAAUACAGCUGGAAAUUCUGCUCCCUCCCUAUUUCUCAAGAGCAAUUUUGAGUAUUUAAGGGGGAAUUAUCGGAAAGCGGUGAAGCUGUUGAACAGCGCAAACAUCACGGAUCAUCCUGGAUUCCUUAGCACAGGUGAAUGUAUUAGAUGUAUGUUCUGGAAUAACCUUGGAUGCAUCCAUUUUGCCAUGGGGAAACACAACCUUGGAAUUUUCUACUUUAAAAAGGCCUUGCAGGAGAAUGAUGCUGCUUGCAUGCAGUUAACGGAAACAAGCACAGACCAAGAUGAACACAACACACUUCAUUGGAAAGUUGGAGGCAGCAACAGUGAAACAAGGAAGAAGUUUUCAGGCAGACCUAUGAGUACAUUGCUCACAAACAAACGAUAUGAACUGUUGCACAACUGUGGAAUCCAGCUAUUGCACAUAGGCAGACCGCUGGCGGCUUUUGAGUGCCUGAUGGAGGCAGUUCAGGUGUACCACUCCAACCCACGUCUUUGGUUAAGGCUGGCAGAGUGUUGCAUUGCUGCCAACAAGGGGACAUCAGAACAAGAGACCAGAGGGCUGCCAAGCAAAAAAGGGAUUGUACAAUCAAUUCUGGGUCAAGGCUAUCACCAAAAGAUAGUCUUGGCAUCGCAGUCUAUGCAGAACACCGUUUAUAACGAUGGGCAGUCUUCAGCCAUUCCUGUAGCCAGCAUGGAGUUUGCAGCCAUCUGCUUACGAAAUGCCUUGCUUCUGCUCCCUGAAGACCAACAGGAGACCAAAAAAGAUAAUGGGUUAAGAAGCUUCAAUCAACCAGGCGGUGGUGAAACCAGCAAUGAAAACAGUGAGGCAUGCAGUGGUAAGCCUCAUGAAGGGGAUAAGUUCUUAGUUCCAGGCCCACCAUCUUCUCCGUUAAGGAAAGAGGAAUUGGACAAUCUCAGAUGCUCUAUACUGGCUGGCAGUGCAUAUGUUGCUCUUGCACUUGGUGACAACCUUAUGGCCUUAAAUCACGCAGAGAAUCUGCUACAGCAGACCAAACUGUCUGGAUCUUUAAAGUUUCUGGGUCAUUUGUAUGCAGCAGAAUCUCUCAUCUCUCUGGACAGGAUCUCUGAUGCCAUCACUCAUUUGAACCCUGAAAAUGUUACUGAUGUGUUCCUUGGAGUUUCGUCAAAUGAGCAGGAUCAAGGAUCUGACCGAGGGGAAAAUGAACAGAUGGAAAGCUCUGGCAAACAGAUUCUGCAGUGUUACCCCAAUUCCGUUUCGUCUGCUUGUGCAAUGAUGCUGUUCAACCUUGGCAGUGCAUAUUGCCUACGCAGUGAAUAUGACAAGGCACGCAAAUGUCUUCACCAGGCUGCUUCGAUGGUUAAUCCCAAAGAGAUUCCUCCAGAAGGGAUCCUACUGGCUGUUUACCUUGAGUUGCAGAAUGGGAACACACAGUUGGCACUACAGAUCAUCAAAAGGAACCAGCUGUUGCCCUCACUGAAAGCCCUGUCCUCUGAUGUGAAAAAGAAACCAGUAUUUCAGUCCAUCCAGACCAUUCAGCCACCGCCAUUCAACACCAUCCAACGGAAAUGAGACCUCGAUGCCAGCCACUGUCCGCCUGCUUUCUUCCAGAUGCUUUCUGAACUGGAAAAGAGGAUCAGAAUGGAGGCGGGGGGGGGGGGGCAAAAAAAAAACCCCUCAUCGUGAACUUUGAGCUAGCUGACGGGGGAAUGCAAACUCUUCUAUCGGUCCUUUGAUAAAGCUGCAGACAGCAUUUUGUUUUAGGCUUGGAACCUCAUUUCGACCUCAAACGUAUCCUGGCAGUCGUACAAGGAUAAAUUCAUAAUGUUUCCGGAAUUUGGAUAUUUGUUGAGUUUUUCUAUAUGUUUUUCUGAGUAAUGAUUUGUAAUUGCAGUAUUUAUAGCUGUUCAGGUUUGUUCUCUGUUAAUAUUUCCACCUAUUAAAGUGAUCCAAUGAACACAUUAUGUUAACAGCACCAUUUUAUAUUGCCCCUUUAGUAACCUGUGUAUGUUAUAGAACACUUUUAUAUAUUAUCCUUUCGUCAAACUGCCUAGAGGAUUGCUAGUUGAGUUCUGGCUCCCUUGGAGAGCAAGUGAAAGAUUGGCAAAUGAUACUGUGACUGAUAUUACAAAUAUGUGUCCCUUCAGGCCAGUCUUACAAGUCCCCUUGGUUUAGUUUCUAAGUGUUGGUGAUACCACUGACCUGGCUGAGAUGGGGACAGGGCAGAGAGUUGGACGGAGAGAGUGAACCAAAUAAAAUUUCCAAGAAUGCAAUUUCUACUAAGCAACCGUUGCUGAAUAUUUAUGGGAAUUUCACUAACUAACUGGUUAAUUGUGCUGACUACCUUUUGUAAAUAGUCUUUACCGAGCUUGCAUUCACGGCAGCUUUUCAGGAACAACCUUUUUUCCUGGAGAUAUUCGUUGUGUAAAGAAAAGCCUAGCAAAAGAUAUUAAAAGUUGAAUUAUACCAAAUAAAUAAAGAACAAAAGAGUUUUAUAGUGGAAUUUUAAUCGGGGAAGUUGGGGAAUGGAAAAUACAGAUGUGCAGUCCCUACAGUAGGAUCUCACUUUGCUAAACUGCAGCCAACCAAAACCUGAUUUGCCAAAGGGCUUUGCAGUUGCAGUGAUCCAAUCCUGCAGCUGCCAAUAUUGCUGGUGGCUUUGGCUGUUUCAAUUUGCCAAUGAGAGCAGUGCCCAGAAUCUUCUGCUCUACUGGGUGGACCCAGCAGCAGCAGCAGCAGCUAACAGCCCUCAUUAGCACCAGAGGAUGACCAGAUGGGGCUAUAAUUAUUGUCUCUAUGGACUUCUCCACCCCAGUAAACAAGCCACUGGCUAGGUUAGUGCAGGACAGUGAGAUUCUAAUGUAUUGUGAAUUGUGACCAGCUGAAACACAGGCAUUCGUAAAUAUAGCAAAUAAAAUGAUAUUUUGGAGUAAUAGUUGAUUCUGCAAUUGUGAAUAAAGUACAAGUGUAGUGAAAUGUG